ACUCCGCACUCUCGACCAGUCACCGUGUGCUAGACCGACCGCUCUCUACACUGACUUUGACUGGUGUGGAAAGACUUCGAAUCAGGACCACAACAAUCCGCCAAGAUGCCAGCCCCGACCGCUCUCCAAAGAGCGCCCGAGCACAUCGAGGACGAAAUCGUGCACGAUGCUCCAGAGACCGCCGUAGACGAAGAAGUGAUCACAUCCACGAUAGUGCCGACCGAGCAGCCUGGCGAAGACAUCAUCAUGGAAGUCGAUGGCGAAUCCACCUCCCUCUUCUCCCCAGAGACACCCUCAAAACGCCGCCACCGAGUCGAAGAACGCAAAGUCCGAAUCCCACCCCACCGGAUGUCCCCUCUCAAGACAUCCUGGCCGAAGAUCUACCCUCCACUCGUCGAACACCUCAAACUUCAAGUCCGCGUCAACACACAUAAGAAGGCUGUCGAACUUCGCACAUCGAAAGAGACGACCGACACGGGGGCGAUACAGAAGGGCGCAGAUUUCAUUGAGGCUUUCUGCUUAGGUUUCGAUCUCGAUGAUGCGAUCGCCUUACUUCGUCUCGAUGAUUUGUACAUGCAGAGUUUCGAGAUCAAGGAUGUGAAGAAUUUGGAGGGAGAGCACAUGAGCAGAGCUAUUGGGCGAAUAGCAGGCAAGGACGGCAAGACCAAGUUCGCGAUUGAGAACGCAAGCCGGACGAGAGUUGUGCUUGCAGGGAGCAAGGUGCACAUCUUGGGAGGCUUCAAGAACAUUCAUGUGGCGAGGGAGGCUAUCGUCAGUUUGAUCUUGGGUAGUCCUCCAGGGAAGGUGUAUGGCAAUCUGAGGACAGUCAGUGCCAGGAUGAAGGAGAGAUUCUAAGGAGGGACGCGGGUAGCGUGCGGCCGAGUAGACGUUUCAUGACAGGCUGCGUACUUCACACAAGUUUGAGAUUCAGCGUAGGUGUCUGGCGUUACGGAAGGGCUGACUUUUUCGCCCACGAAAAUUAUGAUAGAGAGCUUCAGGGUUGAGAUGCGUUUAGCAGGGGAAUGGAACGCUUAUUUAAAAGGUGCUUUGAUGAACAUAGGUCAUUUUCGGCCGUUACUGAAGCUGUUAGGGGGGUUGCUUGCCUGUGAGGACUCUGCCACGACGCCAACUUACGCGAAAAAGUGAUGGUCCAUUUCCAA